CACGACUUAUAUCACUGUUAAAAAUUCGUGUCAUAUUUUGACGUUAUGCAGUUUUAAACGACACAUAAAGAGUACCGAAGUAGUGAAACCUAUUUAGAGGUUAGAAAACUAUAUACGUGCUAUUGUCAGUAUUGACAAGGACGAAUUAAGGAAUUUUUAAUGCAAAUCCUAUGCAUUGGCUUCAAGCAACAAAUACAUCCGACGAGAUGCCGUCAACUCAAAUAAAUCAAAGUAAUUUCGUCAGUACAAGCGAAAGUGUGAAUCCUGGCACAGAAAUAGCAUCGACUUGCUAUACACCUCCACCUUCGUAUCACAAUAUUAAUUUACCUCUGGGACACCCGUCUACUUUGAGUAAUGAUUGUGGUGCACCUCCUUCCUAUGAAGAAGCCAUAGAUCCAAAUGCUCCCCCUCCAUCCUACGAUUCAUUGUUUGGUCGUAUGAGAGAAGCACAUAAAGUUUCAAAAGGAGUGUUUGAUUUUUUGAAAAAUAUUAUCGUCUUACUUUUAGGCACUAUUGGAUGUACAAUUAUCUUAGGAGUAACAUUAGUAAUUCCAAUAUGUAUGAUGGUCAUUGGAGGACUUUAUCUUUAUGAUUGCCCACAAGGAGAAUAUAUUCCUGUUUAUUUAUUAGUGGGUGGUGGGUUUGGUGUGUUCCAACAAUUAUUACAGUUAUCUGUAAGAGUACGCCAAUGUCCAGAAGAACGAGAUGUGGAAAGAAUACAACAAUCUCCUAUGCAAACAUUAAUUAAUUGUUUUAUGCUUGGUUGGUUUAUUAUAGGCUCAAUGUGGGUAUAUAAGGAAUAUGAACCAAAUUAUGAUCCAGCUCUUGGCAAAUAUUGUAACAAAACCUUAUAUUUAUUUGCCUUUUGGUUAAUUACAGUUACUUACAUAUUCUUGGGUUUGAUAACUGCAGUUUUUUGCAGUAUUUCGGUAGCAACUAUCGUAUUUCAACGGUUGAUAUAAUGUAAAACAUCAUGAUCUCAUGACAAAAAGAGAAACAGUCGUUUGAAGAUCUAUUAUUUUGGGAACAAAACGAUGAGUGUUGCGAAAUAAAAAACAAAAAUUUCUUGUGGAUAUACAAGUCACAUUAUAACAGGGC